UUUUGAUUUGCAAUAGUCAAACCUAAGAGUCAUCAAAAUGACCAAAGAAUGAACUCUCUUUUGGUUUUCUAUAGACUUGUGAUUACUUUUCCCCUGUAUCUUGAUUCUUGGUUUAGAAGAAAGGAGAAGGGGGGGAUACUCUUUUAUCUAGUUAGUAAACCGACAUGCAUAUGAUGGGUAUAGAAAGAAUUUUGAGUUCUGAACAUGAUCACCAAAAACAAGAAAACUCAACCACAGAUAGCUUUGUCGUAGAUAUUGACAACUUAUCUCAAGUCACUCUUCAUGAUCAUCAUCAUCAACAUCAUAGAGAUAUCAAUACUCCUCCAAAUUCAAAUACUAAUUUUCAGAGAAGCCUUUCCAGAAAAGUGUCAUCCCAGCGUGGUGUUGGUAAUGGUGGUGCAGAAAAUGAAUCAUCAAAUAAAGAAAAUGGUUUUGUCAACGGAGAACAAUGUGUAUCUGCAAAUAAAUUGAUGAGCACCUUCGUUGACCUUCCACAAGUAGUGACGGCUAGUAAUGUUAGUGGUAGCGUUGAGACCACACAAAAUAUGAUAAAUAUCAACGUUAACCAAAAAAUGGUCACGGUUGCUGCAGCGGAAAGCAAUAACAAUAACAAGUUGAUGAAGAAAAGAUCACAUUCUAAGCAUCGUAAUCAGAUGAAGUCAUCUUCACAACCUCGGAAUUGGAUGAUGGAUCCGAGAAGGAUACUUUUCUUUUUUGCCUCCUUGUCAAGCAUGGGAACAAUAAUACUGAUAUACUUUACACUCUCCAUCGGGAAAUUCAGUAGCGACGUGAGCGGUGCUUGACUACCACUACGAGUUGCAACUUUGUGUGCGAUUAUCGAAGAAAAAACGUGUCCGGUUGUCAGAACAACUUACUUUAUCAUAGUGGGAGCAGAUAACUAGUGGAGAAGACAUGCCAAGGUUGAAGGUACUGCUAGUUUUGUUUAUACCAUGAUAUAGCCAAAUAAUGUGGACUGUAUAUGGUAGCAAACUAGAUUUAGGUAGGUGUUUUAGGUUGUACAACUUUUCUAUCUAUGGAGAUUGAUGAUCAUGUGGUCAGAAAAUCAUGCUGCCUUUGCCUUCUUUUCAAACAACCAAAUGGGGCCAAGGUCUAACACUGAUCAUAUCAUAGAUUUGAUUCCCGUGUACCACUUCUUGUUUUUCUGUUUUGGAUGUGUUAUACAAUAGAUCUGCACAUUACAUCUUUUUAAUAGAAAUACUGAUCGAGAUGAUGACAAGUGGAAAUGUUCAAGCAUGCAGUAUGGUGAAAAAGACAGAGAACAGAAGGAAUAUAUAUGUGAAUAACGAGAAAGAGAGCAAAUACAUAAUGUAAGACGAAGCCAUCAAAGUUAGUGAUGUCAUUUGAUAUACACAGCAGCUUUUUUCUUUUCCUUUUUUUAAGAUCUUUUCAAAUGAAAUUGGUCGCUUCUGUUUGUUUUCAUAUGCCGUCCAAUUUAAAAGCUCAAAUCGUAUAAAGUAAAGCAGUUCAUAAAGUUAUACUGUAUAUACAUAGCCUGUCUGGCACUGUGGCUGUGUUAGUAGCCGAUCACAUUCUUUACGUCGCUUUAGGCUGCAGAAGGAUGUCGGGACAAUGCAAAUGUGAGAUGUAUUAAAGUGCAUACCCAAUUAUGUGGGGUUUCAUGUUAGAAUUUUGAUUGUAAUUCAAAAUAAGAACGCAGAAAGGCUUGUAAAUCUUCAUCAGUUCUA